CGAGAAACGGCAGCUUGCAACGCAUUGUGGGUGGGUCAGAGUACGAGUUGCUUCUCAGCAUCUUGCGGAGAGGAGGAGUUCUGCCAGCUUCUUUUUGGAUCCUGCAGGAACCUGCGGCGCGCACCCGCUUUACACCAGGUGACCGCAUGGACGUCCGUAAAUCGCCGGAUCAAAGCAAGAGGCUCGUGGUGUCCAACAUCCUGGGUCCCUCAGCAGGCCGCCGCUUGCCGUCCUCCUCGCUUCCUUUGCGCCUGAAUGCGACUGCAGAUGGAGGUCCACAUGGCGUCCUCAAUGCUCAAGUCGAGGACGAAGCUGCGGUUGAAUGGCGGCGUGCCAAACUGUUUGCCAACUUUGAUGCCAAGGCAAAAGCUGCGUGGAGCCUGGAGUUUGAAGCUGACGCGCUAGCAGCACAAAGUGAAUGCCGCUUUCUGCAGGCAGAGAUCCAUCGGCUCCUGGCGCAGCGGGCUGCGGAGCAAGUGUCAACAGGCAAAACCAUUGCCCAGCUUGAAGAGACUGUUGCUUGGUUGCAGGCAGAAAGAGAGAAGGAGAGGGCCCAUGUACAGGAUGCACGUUUGAAUGUCGAGGUGGCGACAGGCCAGCUCUUGGAGGGCUAUGAUACAAAGCUUUUCCAGCUGGAGGCAGAUCGAAGUGACCUGAGUGAGAAGGUCUAUCAGCUGGAGAUGGAGAUCAAGAAUCUUCAUGCAGGUCACCUCGAGGAUAUUCAAGCUCACCGCAGCUGGCAUGUGGAGUGCCUCAACCACAUGCUCGAAGUGACCUCUGGUUGCAACUUUCUGGCCUGCGUGAGCUUUCGAGCCUGGAGGAAUCUGCUUCAGCAGAAGGCUGCUGCAUGCCAACGCCGCUCCCUGUGCCACCGUACAGCUCUGGCCUUUUGUGAGACCAGCCGGAUGCGGCUGAAGCGUGCCUUUUGGCGCGCCUGGUGCAGCGCCUGGGAGCAAGUGCAGCAGCAGCGCCGCAGCCAGCAGGUCUUAUUGCGGGCGAUGACUUCUUGGGAUCGGCAAGCGCCGGAGGUGCUGAGGCGGAGCAGCUUCCUUGCGUGGAGAUUACAAACCUUUAGCCCGACCAAGGCCUUUGCAUGGCAGACCAUCGAAAAGGCUCGACAACGAGCAGCCACAGCUCCUGAGAAAGAGCUCUUGAGGAGCUACUGGCAUUUGUGGACUGCACGCAUGCAAGAGGCAGCGCUGCAGCAGAAUGCCGACUUGCGGGAAACGGCGCUGCAACAGCAGUUGGAACGCUGCCAGCACGAUGCCUCGGCAGCGCGGGUCGCCCAUGAGGAGCUUUUAGCUCAACAUGUGGCCGAAGCUAGGGAGGAAGCGAAGGCCUUGCAGUUGACCUUUCAGGAGACCAAGCUGCAGGCCGAAGAGGCGGCCUCCCAGCGUCUGGCAGAUGAGAAGCUGGAAUCGGCCAAACUGGAGUCCCGGUUGACCGCGGCGGCCGAGCGCGAGAAGGAGCUCCGCGCCGAGGUGGCGCGCCUGGCGGACUUACUCACAGCAGCUGAGUAUGAUUCCCUGCAAAAAGCCAGUGACUUCACCACCUCGCAGGAGAGAUGGGGCAAUGAGUUGGAGGAGAUGCGGAGGGAAUGCGAGGAGGCGGUGAGCCUCCAACUGGACUUGCAGCGGCAGGAAGCCACUGCCGCUGGCCGGUUGGCAAGGGUGACUCAACGUGCGGCCGAGCAGGAGGAGGAGCUGAGCGAGCUCCGGGUGUCCCUGCAAGCGGAACGGGCCGCGCUGCUGGUCCUGCGCGCCGAGCUGCCAAAGAGCGAAGCACGGGGCAAGAGCUUGCCAGCGAUGUCACCCCUGGGGUCCAGUACUUUAGAUGAGGUGACCAAGCGAUGGCGCUUGGAGCACAGUCAUUCGGUGUCUGCCAUCUACAAAUCUGGCCGCGGAGCCCGAGAAGUGCUUCCCGGGGGUUCAGGGGAGGCUGGAAAACCCGGGGAAAACCGCUUCCAUCAAGCACCUGCUCGGGUGCCAACCACGUUCCUUUCUUGUACCCGUUUUUGGAGCAUUGAUGAACUCAUUCCGUCUCCUUUUCCUUGUGCUAUUCUCACCGAUCUCCUUUGCUCAUGUUUGCUCCGAGGUUCUUUGCCAGAAUGUCUGCCGGUGUCCGGCAAGCUGAGGGUCUCCGGGCUUUAGCUUCUUCGGCGUGGCGAUGCCAAGGUGCAAACGUAGUUAAUGACUGCAAAGCAUGCUCUUAAGGACUGUGUGGGGCCUUCUUCUGCUUC